AUUAAUUUAUUUAUUUUUAUAGUUAAUUUUAAAUCUCUUGUUUAUGUUUUGUUUGAUUUCAAACUUUAUUUUAUGAAACCGAUAUUUAUUCAAAAACGACUUCAAAAUGUCAAAUAUCAAGUUAUCCUCAAGGAAGGUUACUUGCUGGUUAAAAUGUUUAAUCGCUAGAUUCAAUUCCUGAGUGUUCUCAGUUGACAACAGUUAUGAUUUUUAAAAUCGUCUUAGAAUAUAUUUAUAUAUCACUGUUAGAUUUUUUUUCCUCUAUGACGUUUACGUAUUAAUCUCAUACUUUUUUAUCCUCUAGUGUUCUUUAAUUCUUUUACAUGCAAAGAUGGCUUUUCCUGUAACAAAUAAUGCAAGUAAAUUAAACUUGGCAUUUUCUAAAGGAUACCGAUAUGUUAGUACAUGGUCCCCUUUAGCAACUGCAUUCAAUACACGCCCUGGACAAAAACUAAAUAUCAGUUUUUCAAAAGAGAAUAAGGGACUAUUUGGCCUGAAAGAAUUAAGAUCCUAUGAUGGUUUUUAUCUCAUGAAGGAAAAUGUGAUAAAUGCAUCAAGUGAACUUGUAAGUGAAGCACUUAGCCCUCACAGGUCACGGAAAAUGGUUAAUGUUUUUGAUGAACUGUCCAAUACUCUAUGUAGUGUAGCAGAUUUGGCUGAAUUUGUGAGAAUAGCUCAUCCUGACCAGAAGUUUACAAGUGCUGCAGAAGAAGCCUGCAUAACGAUCAGUUAUGAAGUUGAAAAGCUUAAUACUAAUAAAGACCUUUAUCUGUCAGUAAAGAAUGUACUUGAGAAAGGAGAUAUUGUUCCAACAAACUCUGUUGACAAUCAUGUUUCAUCACUUUUCUUAUUUGACUUUGAGCAGAGUGGAAUUCAUUUAUCUGAAGACAAACGCCAAGAAGUUGUUGCUCUAAAUGAUUUUAUUCUUCAGUUGGGUCAGAGAUUUAUGGCUGGCGCCAAUACUAGUCGAGAAGUCAGUAAAGACUUGAUUCCAUCAAAUCUUAGACACUUAUUUAAUACAGAUGGAAAUAAUGCUGUAGUAAAUGGUUUAUUUGGCGAUAGCAUAGAAAGUGCUCGUGAAAUAGCUUAUAAAGUUUUUUUAUCUCCAGACCCUAGUCAAGAACAACUACUAGAUCAUAUUCUAGCUUCAAGGUUCCGUUUAGCUCAGCUUUGUGGAUUCCCAACAUACUCACAUAAAGCUUUAAAAUCAAGUUUAGCUGAAAAUCCUAGCAAUGUGUGGAAUUUUUUGGUCGAAAUAAAUGAAAAAAUCCGUCCGAAAGUGCGUUCAGACUAUGAAAAAAUGUUUCAGAUUAAAAAAGGAGAAGAUCCUCUCUGUAAGCCUCUUGCUUUGUGGGAUGUUCCUUAUGUAACUAAUGUAGCAAAAAAAGGCUGGUUGAAGACUUCAGAGUAUACUGCUUAUUUUCCUUUAGGAAGUUGUAUGGAGGGUUUGAACAACCUUCUUCAAAGUUUAUAUGGGAUUUCAUUAAUAAAUGAGACUGUUGAGCCAGGUGAAACAUGGGAUUCUGACAUCUACAAACUAGCCGUGGUUCAUGAGAAAGAAGGCUUUCUAGGCAACAUUUAUUGUGAUUUUUAUGAGAGAUCCAAUAAACCAAAUCAAGAUUGUCACUUCACAGUUCAGGGAGGCAGAAGAUUAGCUGAUGGCUCAUACCAGAAUCCUAUUGUAGUUGUGAUGUUGAAUUUGCCUCUGCCAAGAUGGACAACCCCGUGCCUCCUUUCUCCUUCUAUGGUGGACAACUUGUUCCAUGAAAUGGGGCAUGCAAUGCAUUCUAUGUUAGCUCGUACCCAAUAUCAACAUGUAUCCGGCACACGCUGUACUACUGACUUUGCUGAAGUCCCUUCAGUUUUAAUGGAAUAUUUCGCAUCUGAUCCAAGGGUAGUCCGUACAUUUGCAAAACAUUACAAAACUGGAGAGCCAAUGCCUGAAGAUAUGCUUCUGAGAAUGUGUCAGGCAAAACAUAUAUUUCAACCCAGUGAAAUCCAAGUUCAAAUAUUCUACUCUUUGCUUGAUCAAGUGUACCAUGGGGAAUACCCUCUUAAUGGAACAACAACUGAAGUAUUAGCAGCUCUGCAGAAUGAGCAUUGUGAACUGCACUACGUUCCAGAUACAGCAUGGCAGCUGAGAUUUUCUCAUCUAGUUGGAUAUGGAGCCAAGUAUUAUUCUUAUUUAAUGAGCAAAGCUGUCGCGUCAUCAAUAUGGCAAACUAUGUUCUCAAAAGAUCCGUUGAGUAGAAUUGAGGGAGAAAGAUACCGUAGGGAAUGCCUCGCACACGGAGGAGGAAAGCCACCGAAGGAACUUUUACAGGAUAUGCUCAAGAUUCCAGUCACUCCUCAGUUGAUGGCUUCAGCUAUUAUCAAUAAUUUGGAAGACUGCCCUAUAGUGUAAUUCUAUUUAAAUCCUUUAAUUUUUUAAUUAUUUAAAAAUUUGAUUGUUAUAAUUAAAAGGAUUGUUUCGUCAGACAUAUUAUUUUAUUUUUAAAAUUAAAUUUAACCUGUCAAUUUUGUACGUAUAUUUAUUCUAUUUAUUAAAAUGGCUUAAGUGAAAAUUUUAAAUAGUAGAUCAGCAUUAUUGAUGUUUUAAAUAUAUUGUAAAUAAAUUAAAUUAUAUUA